CUUCCUCUCAUCACUUCUCUCGGGCGGCUUACUGAACGCACUCGCAUCUCACGGUCUGGGAAUGGGAUCUUUACUGGGUUCAAAGAAAAACUUCCAGUUCUUUCGGGUUUACGCUCUGCAGAAGCUUCUUUUCAAACUGCAGGGAUAGUUGUCGCUGCAGGUGCAGGAUGAUCACAGGGCAGCCUCUGAAGAAACCUCUCCAAGACGCACCAGAGGUACAGUAAGUUUCCAGCGCAAGAAACGUUCAUAUUAAAAAUAAAAACAACAAAAUUAUUCGGAACAGUUGGAUUCUUUAGAUAUAACUGCGUAACAGAGUCAUUUCAAAUCGGUAGUGAGCAAAUUACGCGUGCGUAAAAGUUGGAGCUUUUACGCAAAGACAAAGGUUAGUCUGAGCAGGCCCCAAAUGCAAGGUUAAGUUUAAAAAACGGAAUUAUUGGCGUUUGAAGAACUAAAUUUGCAGCCAUGGCAAAAUGGUUUCGAGAUUUCCCCAUCAAUCUGAAAAACGGGACUGAGAGAGUUCGCUCGGCCUCCGAGUCUGGUUCACAAACUAGACCCAAACCUACAUUUUCACGCGACAGUUUGAAAGGAAACCAACGCAAAGAUGGAGGAGUGGGGAGCCUCUUAGCGGGGAGAAACAGGAAAAACUCUGCCACAGAGCUGGGUCGCAACAACGCCGGGUAUGGAGGGACUGUCUGGGACAGCCUGACCACUGGCAAAGGUCGAAAGAACUCCAAAGCUGAGCCUGGGGCAUCAGAUGAAAACCGCCCGGUGAGGAGCUCCAGUCUGGCGCAGGCGUACAUCAACAGGAUGAUCAAAGUGGACAAGCAGGACAAGACCCCCAAACUCGAUGGGAUCAGUGAACAGAAGCAAUCAGGGAACGAAAAGGCAAAGACCGACAUAAAAACUGCGUUGAUAAUCCUGGAGGAUUACGCAGAUCCUUUUGAUGCAGAGAAAACCAAAGAGCAGCGAGAGGCAGAGAGAGCAGGAAUGAAUGACGGCUACAUGGAGCCAUAUGACGCCCAGGUCAUCAUCACAGAUGUUCGUCGACGUGGCUCCAAAGACCUCCUGAAAGUCUGCGUACUGUUAGACCGAGGUCAAAAAGAGGGGAAGGGAGAGGACGGAAUGCCUUCACCCCCUAAUAUCUACGACACACCCUAUGAAGGCGGACUGGAGAGCGACAGCGAAGGCGUGUGGAUCCCUGUCACACGACCAGAGUCUGAUGUCCGUCCGGCCGGGGAGUACGAACUGCCCUGGGAGUGGAGAAAGGAGGACAUUGUCAGAGCAUUGUCAGCACAGUUUGAGGGAGUGGACUGCUCUUCCAGCAAAGAGAAUGCUCCCACCUCAGGCCGUCAGGAGCAGCAGCAGCAGACUCUGAGGGCAAGGAACUGGAGCCACAAAGCUCUUGUCCCCACUGCAUCAACCUCAUCUUCUACGUCCUUUCCUUCUUCACCUAUUCUUAAACUCUCCCCACUGACCUCACCGUCACCUUCUUUCCCCACCCUUAAGCUCUCACCACUCUCACCCUCUUCCAGUCCGACUAAACUGUCUCCUCCAUCCCCUACCUCCCCUACUUCCCCAUUGGAUGGGGAGAUGGCCAAAGUGGAUUGCAGCCUGCCCUUAGAGAAGCAGAGCUGGUAUCAUGGCAGUGUGAGUCGGCAGCAGGCUGAGGCUCAGCUGCAGCGCUGCAGGGAAGCCAGUUUCUUGGUGAGAGACAGUGAAUCAGGGACUAGCAAAUACUCCAUUGCCCUGAAGACAAGUCAAACUUGUGUUCACAUCAUUGUGGCGCAGACUAAGAGCAGCAAGGGCUUGGGCUACACACUGGAUCAGAGCAGCUGUGUGUUUUCCAGCAUCCCUGAACUGGUCUAUCACUACUGCUCUCACAGACUGCCUUUUACGGGAGCAGAGCACAUGACCUUGCAGCACCCAGUGUCCCGGCAGCACUGAAACACGAAAAGAGGGGCCACUGCACAUGACUCUGCACAGACAUAAAUGCACAUAGACCCCCUGAAAGCCCUUUAAUAAAUAUGUGAACAAACUGUAGGAUAUUGUGCUUUAUAAGCCAUCUUGUCUGCCUGUCGGUCUGCAUUGCAUCAGUGCACCAUCUAGUGGUCAAUGUCAGACAAGUUCAUUCAGUCCAUCCUGGUAUAUAGUGCUGACUUUUGCAAAAUUGCCAAAAAUGAAAUCAUUGAUCUAAAACUCUCCACGCAUACAGAGGCUGAACAGGAACCAAUUUAUUUUUCCACUGUGGCGCAUCUGCAUCUUCUACAGAAGAUCUACUAUCCACAGUACAUCAGCAGGCAUCCCUUAUAACACAAACAAAUCUCAACAUGAUAUUAAAUCAAAUAUAUAAAGUAGGGCUAGCAAAUUAUUUGCGUUUUCAAUAUACUUGCAAUUUUUCAAAAUACAAUUUUCAAAUUUGAAAAACACACUCAAUUUUGAUCACAUUACAUUUCACAGGAGUAAGACAUUGUGGGUUCGCCUACACACCGAAGAGAGAGUUGCAAUUAGCACACAGAUCUAAGCGUGCAAGAAAAAGUUAGCACUUUUCCACAUAACAGUAAAAUCCUGCCACAAUGGACUCUGGACAGGCAGGCGUUCAAGGUCAUGGAAAUCGAAAUCACAGUUUUGGUUGAACAAUUAUAUCAAGUAGAGAAGAAAGAAUAUAUAGAGAAAAUAAGAUUUGUGUAAUAUCCUACUGGGCUGCUCUAGAAAAGGUGACAACAUAAUUGAUUAUCAGACUCAUAUACAGUUAGGCCACAUCUAUAAGGCCAGUUUACAUGAUUAGAGCAUGCACAGGUAUCUUGACUUGUGAAUGAGCCUAUCGAUCUCUCCUGAAACUCUUUUUCCAGCCUCUUAGGCUGUCAGAAGAGACUAUUAUUGAUUAAAUGAUUAGAGUGAGUGAAACUAUUGGGUUCUCAUAAAAUCGCAGACAAGUCAGAAAACAGUUUUGACACAUGUUAUUGCUAAAAUACUUCUGAAACAAAGUGUUUGAAAUAAAGUCUAAAAGGAAAAUGUAAAUAAGUAAACCAUGUGAUUGAAAAUACAACAUAGACAUGCUCUAGGAUGACAAAGAAAUGCAGGAAAAGAGUCCUUCUUGAUGCAACAUAAUAUUGGCUGGUAUAACUUAAAGACAGGAAAUAGGCUACAACUACAAUGUUAAAUUGUUUUAAAACUUUAUAAACAUGCUUUGUUUUUGUAUCCAAGAAGCCAUGUUACUGAAUUACUAUUGAUCUUUUAUCAUUUUUGGGGGUAGGGGAGCUGGUUUUGUUUUGUCUAAUGUAUUUGAACCUCUACUUUAUACUGGAAUGUAUGUUAAGACUUGACACCCCAAUACCCUAGCACACACGUAAAAGACGUGGUUGGAUGUUGAUUGUUUUUUUUUUUUUUUAAAGAAUGUCACUAUGAUGUGGAUUGUAUGUUAUUGUUUUGAAUCUUUAACUCAGAAAAUAAAGCAGUUAAU